AUGAGUGGAGGACGGUGGCGAUGCAACGGAAGAAAUAAAAUUCGACAAGAAUUAAUUGAACGACUCGAAAAUCAAGCUGUGACAAUAUGUCCUAAUUUAUGGUCAGAUCCAUAUCGUCAGAUUUCAUAUUUAGGCAUAAGUAUAUGCUUUACAAAUGAAAAAUUUCAAUAUUUAACUUAUGAUCUUUGUUGUUGUCCGUUCGUUGAGGAUGAUAAAUCAGCACCAAAUAUUAUUGUUCCUUUUGGAAUCAGCGAUUUAACAAAGUUCAACGGUGUUUCAGAUCGCGAUUCCAAUUUUUUAAAAAUCCUCAAGGCAUACUCAACAACAAAUUGUGUUGCUCAUCGACUGAACAAUGUUUUAAAAGGUUGCUUUUAUCAAACGAACAAAAAGAAACUGGAAAGUGUUAAAGCUGCUCCAGAAGAAAUCCUUGAAAUAACAUCGCCUUCUGAUUCCGAAAAAGACAGUGGUGAUUAUGAAGAUGACAACAAAGCUGAAGAUAAUGGACAAGGUAAAGGUGAUAAAGGUGUUACAAUUGUUAUUCUCACACUUCGUGAAACAUUGCGUACACAUAAAUCUUUGAUUGAUUACAGCAAAAACUAUCGAAUAACUUCAUCAGCUGAAAGUAUCAGUAGAAAUGAAGAAGAAUAUAUCGAAGAAGAUGAAGGUAAUUCUUGUUAA